GGAGCUCCAUUUGAGCUCCGCCCACACCUCCUGGUUGUCAUAGUGACACUGAGGCCGCUUAAGUUGGCGUCCAACUGCUAGACACUAGCCGCUGACAUGCAGUACACCGGGAGUCAUUAUGUCGGGUCAUACGUAAACGGGAGGAUGGAGGGCAAUGCAGAAUACGUCCUCCCUACUGACACGAGAUAUGUUGGGGACAUGAAGGAUGGCAUGUUCCACGGAGAAGGAACCCUGUUCUUCCCCAGCGGGAGCAGAUUCGAUGCCACCUGGGAGAAGGGAUUGGCGGUGAAGGGCAAGUACACCUUCGCUGACGGGCUGCAGUACGAGGACAGACACUGGCACUACUGUGACAGCUAUGACCGCAGGUUCUUCACCGAGAUCUGCUACGGCCUGAAGCCCUCAGGUAUCUCUCAGCUCACCAACAUGGACCCACCUAGAAAAAUCCCCCCAGGCUGUUAUGACUGUGGAGAUGGCUUCUAUAACCCCACCACCAGGGUCAUUAAGGAUUACCGAAACCGCUUUCUGAGAAAUGCAGAUGAUGAUGAGCACGAGUGGAUCGUCAGGACCUGCCGCAAGGGCUGGGCAGAGAAACCUGCACAGAAGCCCAAGCUGUGAAUACCUCGGCAUCUCCACCGGGAUCCCCUCUGCCCACGGGCUCUUGUUCUAGCUUCGACUUGAGUUUCAGAAUAAAGGUUUCCAGCACUGAAA